UUUCAUAUUCAUCUUCUUAAUCCUCAUGGGUUUCGCUUCUAUGGGAUUCAUCCUCUUUGGUCGCACCAGUUAUUACUUUAAUGGUUAUUGGCAAGCAGUAGAAACACUAUUCACGGGCCUGCUGGGCCACUCAAGCUUUAAAGUAAGGAUUUUUUUUUAACUACAUCUUUCUUUGCUUUUCAGAAUUAAGCUCUUCUCAAAAAAUGAGUUGCAUAAUCUAUUUUGAAUCUCUUUUAAUUAUUAAUUAUCCUGUAUUUAAUUAUGAAUAAACUAUGUUGGUAUCCCUCAACAUAGGAGGGAUUCUGCAGAUUAUGCAACACUAUCAAAACAAUUGGCCUCUACAUAUGUCGAUUCAUGUUGUUUCUGAAAACAUGUCAUGACAUUAGGAUGUGUUAAGUUUGUACUCUGUUCUCUUUUCCACAUUAUUAAUAAAUGCAGUGUUAAGACUAAAGUGAUAGCUAAAAUAUGUUAUGCAAGUUUUUAAAUUACAGCCGCAAAAUCUUAACCAAUAUGUUGCCUAAAAACGAAUAUUUUAACAUUUAAGUAAAUUUUUAUUUUUAAAUAACUUAAAGCUGAUGACAUUAGGUUUCAUAUCCUCAUCAAAUCGUAUAUCUUUGUGUCUCUCUUUAUGAUUUCAGGAAACAAAUGUCCCAGCUGAAGACACCUGGAUCAGUAUAGUUUUUUUCUGCAUGUUUGUGGGCGUGGUGGUCAUUCUGCUCACAAAUUUUUUCCUUGCUGUCUUAAUGGACUUACUUAAUUCCGCAAGCAAUCGCUAUUGUAAAGGCGAGGACACCAAAAUUUUCAUUGUGUUAUGGGACAUGUUCCUAAAAUCAAUGGGAAGCAAGAGAAAUCCCCUAGACAGA